AUGUCACAGUUUCGGUCGCAAUUGGCACGUGUCCAACAGAAAAUAUCCGAAGCUGGCAACUCUCCAUGGCUGUUCAAAAAGACAGUCAUCCGUUCAGGCGGUGGCAUUCUCGCUGUUGUCUCAAUGGCAUUCUUUGCUGCGGCGAUUGAUCACUGGAACCGAACGUUUGUGCACACGUCUGGUUCAGUCCGAGGGGACUGGCAGGAUGGGAUUCCAAUUGGCCCAUUGACUCUCGCUUUCCUUUACAACAUAGGCACAGCCGUAUAUGUGUUUUACACAGGGCGAGCAGUCCAUCUAGCUAUUGAAUUAGUCGUCGACUUCCUUGUCUGGGCCGCACUUGUUCCGGGCUUGAUAUUUUCGAUUUGGGGAGGCACAUUCCGGCUCUGGCACAGGGCGACAGUCAGUUCCAAUAUGGUGAUGUGUAAUUCGGGCACAAAUGCGCUGAGCAGAGAGUGUUUCCCCGAGCUGUACCACAUUGGGUUUUUGGAGUUAGCUGGCAUCCUCCUUGCCAUUCCUGUUUGGUGA